AUGGGGAUUUAUUUCUUAGAAAUCUUUCUGAACCUUGGGAAUAAACAUAUACAACAUUCACCUUUAAAUGAGAGAGAGAGAGAGAGACCGUGGAAACCGUGACCAAAGUGCUGUGUUGUGCUGCCCUCUAUGGGUCGAACCAUUACAUAAUUGCAACUCAACUGGGCAGCGUUUGUUUGCGUAAAAAAGGCAAUUGAAUUUUGACGACAGAAAAAAUAUAAACGGGGUGAAAUAAACCGUGAGUCAUCUCCCAUUGGCCGUUCGGGAAGAAGUGGACCACCGAUGUGCUGCUGUAGUGAUAUAAAUGCGUGCACGUAGAUAGCAGUAGCAGGCAGCCUAUCCUGUGCGCUUUCUAGCAAAUCUGUGUGUGCGAAUUUGUGUGUGUGCGUGUGUGCGUGAGUCUGUGCAUGCGUGAGUGUGUAUGCGUGUACGUGUGCGUGUGUGUGUAUAUGUGUGUGUGCGGGUGGGAUUGAGAGACACAAACCGAUAGAGGCAGGUACAACGGUGGAUGCGAGGAGAGUGAGUAUUUUACUUUGUAGCCGUAAAGACUGUCAGGUACGAGAGCUGGCCGCGUUAGAGCUUGGGAGCGACUGGAGGCACUUGGUGUUCAGUGAUCUUCAUUAUUGAAAUUCGUGUUAAAGCUAUAGAUUUCAAAUGCCGAAAGAUGUGCCCAUAGAGAACACCGACCUCAGGGAAGCACCGAUUAAGUGUGACAGCAUGACCCUGGUCAGUGCGCCCAACGUCCGCAGAGGAAGUACCCCCUUGCCCAUUAAGCACCAGCUGCGGCGUGAAGAGGCGGUGCAUGAAGACUGUGACUGGAUGCUAGCGGGGGCCACAUCCUCCCCCCCGCCCAUCAACUUCAGCCCUGCCCCGGAUGAAUCCCUGAUGGGAGCGUUGGACUGCCGAGCCGACGGCCCGCUGAGGAUUGCCCUGCUCGGCCAGAACGGGGUGGGGAAGACCUCACUGGCCAUCGCCUUUGCUGGAGAGAUGGACAGGACGGCAUCUGUGGAUUCUGAUGGGGAGGGCUAUGUGCGAACCAUCACCGUAGAUGAGGAGGACAGCACCAUCAUUAUCUAUGACAACUGGAGGCAGGACCUGUCAGGUCUUCAGUGCGAGGUGUGUGUUCUGGUCUUCUCUGUGACCGACCGGAGGAGUUUUCACCGCACCGCUCAGCUCCGGCUCCUCUUGAGAGAGACUCAGCCUCAUACUCCCAUAAUCCUUGUGGGAAACAAGAGCGAUCUCGUCCGCUCUCGUGAGGUCAGCGCCCAGGAGGCCGUGACGAGCGCAGCCCUAUUCCAGUGUCUGUAUCUGGAGAUAUCUGCCUCACUGGACCACAGAACCCCCGAACUCCUGGAGUGCGCCGUGAGGCUCGCCAGGGGUCAGGCUCCGUGGCCCCCGGGCACCAGUGCCGAGGACAUGAUCGGAGGGGGCCAGCGUGAGAGCAUAACAUCUCGCGCAAAGCGCUUCCUGACUAACCUGGUGCCUAGGUACCCCCGGGAUCGUGAGCGCGAGGGCGGGAGGUUCUUCAGGCAGAAGUCCCGGUCUUGCCAUGACCUUGGGGCUCUGUGAUGUUCCAAUCAAGGCUGUAAAGAACAUCUCUGGAUUUUUUUUUAAGGAAAAUGGAGGGCGAGCAAAAUCGUGUAAGGUAGAAACAAAAGCAACUUAAAGCCGGUUUAGAAGUUGGAGAUCAAUCAUGGAGAUGAGAAGGUGAAAAUGGUCAAAUGAGUUAUGAGAUUAGCAGUGCUGAACAUGAUCACUUUAAAGUAGUUAGGUCGUAAAUAACAGGAUUAUGCUGUCGUUCACAAAUGCAUCUAUAUUGAAAACACUGGUAGGCCUACUUGAACAUAACAUUACCAAUCCAGAAUCACUUGUACAUAUAUAGCCUACGGAGGUCAUGAUUCUAGAAUGGUCCAUGAAAUGUUUUCACAAUAAACACAUUUUCUGAAUCCAAAA